AUGUUAAAACUCAUAACAUUUUUAUUCUUUCUUGGUGUUUUCUUAAACUCCAUCCAGGCGCAAGUUUUGGACUGUAAUCGAUUGGAUGGAAAUUACGUUGAUAAAAGGAUCGAAUUCACUCGACCAAUGGAGAUUGGCGAUGUUAUUACAUUCAAUGGAACCAUAUUCAGUCAACCGUCAUCAGUUCGCUCCAAUUUGAUCACAGCUAGAGAAAUCCCCUUCAUAUCAGACAAGACAUGCCAAAUCCUAGAACAUCUUUCAAUAAUAAUCCUGGUGCAUGGGGCCACGCGCUUUGGAGCCCAGGACUUUUUCAUUUGGGUCAGCCUUUCCAGAUUUCUGUCAAACUUGACAUUUCUGUGUUCCGAAUUUCUGCUAACAACGUUGAAAUUUAUUAAUUUCUCAUAA